CAUCACUGAUCGAACAUCAAAACAAACUCCUCAUGGACAAACCAGCGGAGUCUGAGCGAGUCCGACCUGAACAUCGACAUCAGCCGCACUCAUAUGAUUAAUAUCGUGUCGACAAACGUAACGCUAUCCGUGGGAUCCUGAGCGUUCACGUUGAACACGGCGACUCGUUUGAGCUGAAUCUGCUUUACGUCGCUUCCGGAUUGUGUCGCGAUAAACCGAUCAUCUUUAAAUGGAGUAAACCGCAAAUAUAAGAUGAGUGAUUCAAACUAAAUGUACUUGUAAAUGCCGAAUCAGCUGCGAUGUGUUAGGGCCGAGUGAGCAGGAUGGAGAACAACGUGGAGGAGCAGCUGAGGAGCACACUGCACUGCGAUGACAAGGAGAAGCUCCGUAGGAAGUUGGCACUCUUACAAAGGGAAUAUCUCAGAACAGCCCAGAGGCUACAGCGCGCUGAGCGUUCGGAAGCGGUGCGUAGACACGUGAGGAGCAGGAUCACGCAGCAAAACCACAGAGACCCAGAGGUGACAUCGAGCCCAUGUCUCAACCCGUCGCCACUGACGCUGAAUGCCGCCAAUGCAGCAGCCCAAGGUCCAGCAGAUCCUGACAACCUGAGGAGGAGCCAGGCGAUCAGGUUCCUGCUCCCGUCUGAUGACGCUUACCCGCAAACCCCAGUUUCGAGCCCUGACGACACCGCUGGAGGUCACAGACCCAGUCCCGCCCUGCGCCUCAGGUCUCGUCGCAGCCGCCUGCGCUGGGAGAGGAGGAGCGCUGAGGCCAGGGUCACGGACAACAGUGAGGACGGACCGGACCAGAGUGACAAGAUGGAGAACGGCAGAACAGAAGGAGAGGAGGAUACAACCAAGUCUGAAGAGGCAGAGGUUGUGAAUGAAAGUGAAGAGCUGCUUUCUACGUCAGAGUCUGAGUCUCCGUCUCUGCUGCUCACACACUGGAGAACACAGGCGCACACUGAGACGGGGGAUAUGGAGGGAAAGGAGACGCAAGGAUGUGAUGAACAAAGGGAAAAAGAGAACGAGUCGACAGCUGAAGGGACAAAAGAACCGGAGUCGACCUCUCUGCUGCUCAACUGUCGGAAAUCUGAUGUACACGCUGAAGGAAGUGGACGAGAUUGCCCCACGAAUGGAGAAAGAAAGGAGGUAGAGGAAGGAGACAGCGGUGAGGAUAGUGGAGGACAUAGAGAAACAACGCUUUCUGAAGAGAACAGUAAUAAAGACAUGGAACAAAAUGCAGCAGAGAAAAAAGAAAAUGGAAAAAGCCACGACAACACAGUGGAAAUAAAAGAGGAAACAAUUGAAGCAGGUGGAAAGAGCGCGGGUCUCCUGGACUCCUGCACCCUAGUGGAGGGACUACUCUUCCCGGUGGAGUACUACGUCCGGACCACGCGGCGUAUGACCUCUUCACAGAGUCAGCCCAACAUGCAGGCCGUCAUUCUCUCCCAGCUGAGCGCGGGGCGACAGCGCAGGAGCCGGGGCCGCGGCCGAGGACGAUCGAUCGGGCGAACCGGUGAAUGUUCUGAUCAACACGCUCUGGCAGAUUUCUCCACUCUGACACCAGCAUCCGUAGAUCCUCAUAAGGUGUGUACUGUCGACGCGUCCGCCGAGCUUUCCGCUGACAGCCAGAGCUCCAGUGAGAUUUCAAAUAAAAUCUCUGCGGAGGCGUUUUCUUCCCCUGGAGUCGGCGCCACCCCCCGGGGAAGAGGGAGGAGGAGAAAACGAGGCAGGGGCAGAGGACGAACUCGAACCCCACGAUCCACUCAGACGUCAGAAGAUCCCCGUCCCGGCGUUGCCUCGGCGUCCUCCUCCUCCCCCCCGUCUCCUCGUGGACCCGACGGACCGAGGCCUCAUCUCGCUCCCGGGGAGCCUGUUCUCGUGCCAGACGACCGCAGGCCCGCGUCCCCCUGCGGCCCGGGCACCUGCCCUUCCCCCGGGGUCGAUGGAGCCCGGUGUAGCCCCGCCUCUGAAAGACUGCAGACGAUCUAUCCAAUCUUUCUGAAGAGCAGUGGCAGGACGAAGACAUCCACACAGACGAGCAGUAGUGCAUCGUGCUGGCGAUCUCUCCUCUUGCCUUCCUCUGCACCCGCCCAAAUGUCUUCUCUUCUCCCUCUCCCAUCUCUGUUGCCCGGCUCGCUGCUCAACGGCCUGAUGACCUCCGACCUCCACCAAGAUUUUCAUCUCCCCGACGAGCAGUUCGCGUCUCUGAAGCUGCACAAGCUUCGUCGAGUCGCCGCGGAAUCGGGAGGAGUUGAACAUUUCGCAUCCCCCUCGUACAAUACCCGUAGCGGCGGCGGCCGCCGCCACGCUCGCCCUCGCUGCGAGACAGAUGGCGAGCCGGCGAUGCCGCUUCCUCUCCCUCUCAGCCUCACUCCCACGAUUGCCGCUGUAGACGUCCACAACAAGUCCUUGGAAGAAGAGCCAUUGAACCGAGGUGACACAGAAGCUCCUGGAGGACAGCGAACAGAAAACCUCGAUGCAACGACCGACACUUUCUCAACAGAAUCUGUGUCGGUGGCUCGAGAGCGUGACGCCGAUUCUUUAGAUCAAACUAAAGACGCAGGGAAUCCUCGUAGCCAGAGAUGUGUCUCUGCCAGCGACACACACGGAUCGGCAGACCACCGCGUGGAACCUCUGCCUCGCAUGAACUUUGCAGACGAGGUGAACGAUUCUAUAGUUGGGCAGACAAAUGAACAGAACGUACAACAGCCCGCGUCAGACAAAGACGCACAGUGUUCCGAUGUCGUCGGUUCUUCGGAGGAUCCGACGUCUACAAACCACCCACUGGAAGAGGAAUCGGUCGUCAAGACUCUGUCCUUUGACUGUCCUCUACAGGAACCAACCAAGGAGCCGUCCAACAGCCGCACUGCCUCACAGGCACGUGGCGACGGCGAAGCUCCAGGAGAUUGUACUGCAGACGCCUCGGAGGAAUCGUCGCCCGAACCCACGACCACACGUCCGGCCGGAGACAGAUCGGUGGAAAGCGACAAUCAGAAGUGUUCGCCACGCCACGGCGUCCGCUCUCAGUUCCUGUUGAGCCCUCCGCUGGCCUCGGCGCCCGGCCCCUUCACAACCCCGCACCAUCGUCCCUCGGCUCCCCACUCCAGCCCCACACUGCCCUCCCUGGGACUCACCCCCCGCCCCGGGUGCACCGGCCUCCCCCCGACCUCGUCUCCCUCCGCCCCAGCUCUCGCGCUGCCUCCCCCUCACAGCCCGACGACCCAGGCCCUCUCUCCCCCGACUCUGUCUCCCUGUCCCUCCGUCACUUCCCUGCCUCCCAGCCGGCCUCUCGUCUCCCCCUCCUGCCAGAACCGGGCUUCAUUAGAUCCAUCAGAUACGGCUGGUCGUUGUGACAGGGUGGAACCGGUGAAGAGUCCGGCUGCACCAAGCAUCCAGUCCCGGGGCACAGCUGGGCAGGAGGGCCGGAAAACAGAGGCGAGCGCAGAGCACGGCGUGAUGGGAUGCACACACACACUGAAGGCCCCGGCAGGAGGCUGCCUGGUGGACGCGUGCUGUCUGCCUGGACCCUCGGGGGGUUUAUGUGUGGCGGCAGCAGGAAAGUGGGCGGUGUGUCUGUGGAGUCAGACUCCGCCCUCGGACUGGAGCUUAGCGCACACCUGGACCUUCAAUGACCCGGUGAUCAAUGUGUUUCCUGUCCCCGACGCUGCCGGGCUGCUGUUUGUGACUUUGGGUCAGCUGGAGAUCAGAGAAGUGAGGACGCUGUCGUGCUGCAGCCUCGUGCAGGUGCUGCUGUGCGAGGGCGUCGUCCAGGCCGUCGUGGGCGUGUCCGGGUCCAGAGUGGUGACCUCGUCCCACUCGGCGACAGCUUCCACCCUGCGGGUGUUCAACGUGUCGGACGACAGCAGCACGCCGAGCUCUCUGCCCCUCGUGUCUCCUGGCGUUUGUGUCGGGGCCCUCGCGCCAGUGGACGGACUUCCCGACGCUCUGAUCGGCAGCGAUGAGGGCGGACGUGUCUUUGUCUGGAAUCUGAAGAGCGGACAGCUGCUGCGUACGAUCGUCCUCUGCGAUGGUUUGUCGCACACGGCCUGUCUGAGAGGAUACUCCUACUGUGGAGUGUUAUUUGUGCUGCUGCAGCAUCAGCUGCUCAGCUCCCUGGAGGAAGAGGAAAAAGCGGCCAAAGCAAAAGAAGAGGAAAGGUCCGCCUUGUUCUCCUUGGUCGCCGUCAACCCCCUGAGUAGCAGAUCUGUGCUGGCCACUCGACUGUAUCCGCCCACAGCCUGGUCCGGCAGACUGUGCGAAGCCGACGUCAACAGCUCCGGCGUGGUCGGUCUGAGUCAGAGCGGCCGCGCGUGCGUGUGGGAGCUCGGGCGUCCGGGGGCCACGGCGAUGGUGCGGGGCCCCGAGGGCGAGGGCUGGCAGCUGGCUCGCUGGGGGGGCGCCGACACGCUGGUGACCGGCCACCACAACGGAGACGUCACUUUACACCGCUACAGCAAAAACAUGAGACUCUUUGAAUGACUUUUAUCAGACACAGAGCUGUUUCUGUUUCACCGUGUGGACGCCCGCAUAGAUUUUAACGCGGCUGCAGUUUAGAGACGCCUUUGACAUUUUAACAUGUGUUCACUCUACCUGGUUCUGUAGCUUCAUUUGCAGACAUUUCACUUUGGCUUACAGGAUAGUCUCUAAGAUUUUUGGGAUUUAAAUACUGUAAACUUAAUCAUCCCAUGAAUCAGUGGCCUGCUGGUGAAACUUUCUUUAGAAAACAGAACAAAAGAAGGAUGGAGUGCUGAUAAAAUAGAAAUUGUUUUCCUCCACUUUUUGAAUAUACUGUUUUUAAAACCCUGGAUGUUUCUCAGCUGAACCUCUUUGUGUCUACUUGAUUGUGAUUUUUACUGUAACUCUGUUCCGAAAACCAACUGUUUUUUAGUACUGUUGCCGUUCUGCAUGUUCUUCGCCUACUUGACUACAUGUUUGUUAUAUUUAAAGAAAAAAAAGUGUUGCCAAAGUCUUUUUUUAUAUAUAUAUAAUUUAUAUUAAACUUCUGUGAAUUCAGUCAUU